GUCGUCUCGCGAGAGCUGCCCGGCGUUUCCGGUGUUUUUGUGCGGCCCCAGGCCGGGCGGGAGGACAGAGAGGCAAGAGUCCGUGAACAUGGCGGUCAGCAUCCGCGGCCGCUCCGUUAGGAGCCUCCGCAUCAGAGGGCGGAAUGACAGCGGGGAGGAGAACGUGCCGCUCGAUCUGUCCCGAGACCCUUCAGACAACUUUCGCGAGAUCCUCCAGAAUGUGGCCAAGCCUCAGGGAGUCUCUAACAUGCGAAAGCUUGGUCACUUGAAUAACCUUAUUAAGUUACUUUGUAAUGUUGGCCACUGUGAAGAGAAACUAGGAUUUACUUAUGAAGAAAUUAUAAUAUGUUUGCGAUUAGCAUUGUUAAAUGAAGCUAAAGAGGUGCGUGCAGCUGGUCUCCGUGCCCUUCGCUAUCUCAUCCGAGACUCCAGUAUUCUUCAGAAGGUGUUGAGACUGCGUGUGGAUUACUUAAUAGCUAGGUGUAUAGACAUACAACAGAGUAACGAAGUGGAGCGAACCCAAGCACUUCGAUUAGUUCGAAAGAUGAUCACUGUGAAUGCUGCGCUGUUCCCCAGCUCAAUCACCAAUUCCCUGAUUGCAGUUGGAAAUGAUGGACUCCAAGAGCGUGAUCGAAUGGUGCGAGCAUGUCUUGCCAUCCUCUGUGAGCUAGCACUUCAGAAUGCAGAGGUGGUUGCCCUCCGAGGAGGUCUCAGCACCAUUCUGAAGAAUGUGAUUGAUUGCCAACUGAAUCGCAUAAAUGAGGCACUCAUUACAACCAUUCUGCACCUGCUAAAUCACCCAAAGACACGGAAAUAUGUAAGAGCUGAUGUGGAGUUGGAGCAAAUUUUAGCACCAUACACUGAUUUUCACUACAGACAUAAUCCAGACACUGCAGAAGGGCAGCUCAAAGAAGACAGAGAAGCGCGGUUACUAGCCAGCAAGAUGGCAAUAGUAGCAGCCUUCCGCUCCUGGGCAGGAAUUAUAAAUCUCUGUCGGCCUGGAAACUCUGGUAUCCAAUCUUUAAUAGGGAUACUUUGUAUACCAAAUAUGGAAGUACGGCGUGGUCUGCUAGAGGUGUUGUACGAUAUCUUCCGUCUCCCUAUCCCUGUGACAACGCAGGACUUUUCUGAAGCUCUGUUCAGUGUAGAUCCCAGCAGAUUCCAGGACUCGUGGCGUCUUUCAGAUGGAUUUGUAGCAGCUGAAGCUAAAACCAUUCUCCCACAUCGAGCGCGAUCCAGACCUGACUUGAUGGAUAACUAUUUGGCACUUGUGCUAUCUGCAUUCAUCAACAAUGGACUACUGGAGAGUCUGGUUGAUGUGCUAACAAGCAGCAAUGGUAAUGUUUCUGUGCGGGCCACCAUCCUGCUAGGCGAGCUCUUGCACAUGGCAAAUACUAUCCUGCCGUACGCCUACAGCCACCACUUGCACUGUUUACCAACCCUCAUGAACAUGGCAGCUUCCUUCGAUAUCUCUCAGGAAAAACGAUUACGGGCCAGUGCAGCUGUGAAUCGUCUGAAGCGUUUUCAUGAAAUGAAGAAGCGAGGUGCAAAACCUUACAGCCUGUACUUGGAUCACAUCACACACAAAAAUGGCUCCACUAAUAAAAGGCGGGAUCACCACUUGCGUGUCCAAAAAGACAUCUUUAUUUUAAAGGCAGAUACACCAGAGGGGCAACAAAGGAUGAGGCUUGAAGUCUUUGCAGCCAUAAUCAAAAGUACCAAGAAGGACACAGAAGAGGCAAUGAUGCAGAAUCUACGAGAUAGCGAUGUCCUGAAUAACAAGGACAACCUGAGGUGGAAUUGGAACUUAAUCUCCACCAUUCUUAAGUGGCCAAAUGUAAACCUGCGAAACUACAAAGAUGAACAGUUACACAGGUUUGUGCGUCGAUUGCUAUAUUUUUACAAGCCCAGUGGUAAGCUGUAUGCAAACAUGGAGCUGGAUCAUGCAAUGGGAAAGCAGCUGACUGUAGUGGGCUGCCAAUUCACCGAGUUCCUUCUAGACUCUAAUGAGGAUGGUCAGAUGUACCUGGAGGAGUUGGUGAAAGAUAUAGUACUGUGGCUGUCCCCAUCAUCAGGUCUGAAGCAUGAGCGCAGCUUGCAGAACAAUGGUUUGCUCAACACCCUUAGCCAGCACUACUUUCUAAUUAUUGGUACCCUAUCCUCUCAUCCACAAGGGGUCAAGGUUUUGGAGAAAUGCAGCAUGUUCCAGUGUUUACUGAGCCUGUGUUCUCUGAAGAAUUAUGACCAUGUGUUAAAGCUAACUGUCUCCACGUUAGACUAUAGCCGUGAUGGAUUAUCCAGAGUGAUUUUGUCCAAAAUCCUUACGUCAGGUUCCGAUAACUGCAGACUGUAUGCAACAAAACAUUUGCGGGUUUUACUACGGGCCAAUGUGGAGUUCUUCAGCAACUGGGGCAUAGAAUUACUCGUGACGCAGCUGCAUGAUAAAAAUAAAGCCAUCUCUUCAGAAGCGCUCGAUAUCCUGGAUGAAGCUUGUGAGGACAAGGCUAAUCUGCAUGCACUGAUCCAGAUGAAACCAGCAUUAGCCCACCUUGGAGACAAAGGCUUGCUGCUGCUACUUCGCUUUUUGUCCAUUCCAAAGGGGUUCCAUUACCUGCAUGAAAGAGGUUAUGUUACCAAACAGUUGGAGAAAUGGCAAAAGGAAUACAACUUGAAAUAUGUAGAUCUAAUUGAAGAACAAUUGAACGAGGCACUCACUACAUACCGCAAGCCAGCUGAUGGUGAAAACUAUGUUCGACGCAGUAACCAAAGGUUACAAAGACCCUAUGUUUACUUGCCAAUUCAUCUUUAUGGCCAGUUAGUUCAUCAUAAAACUGGCUGUCAUUUGCUAGAAGCACAGAGCAUCGUUCCAGACCUGAGCUACACUGUGCGUUCACCAGUACUGGAUAAAUGGGAUGGCAUAAAGCAGCUGAAAGCAGCACUCUGGGCCUUGGGUAACAUUGGCUCGUCAAAUUGGGGAUUGAAUUUGCUUCAGGAGGAGAACGUCAUCCCAGAUGUUAUAGCCCUGGCCCACACUUGUGAAAUUCUCUCUGUUAGAGGGACGUGUCUGUACGUACUGGGUCUCUUGGCAAAAACAAAGCAGGGGUGUGAUAUCCUGAAAAACCAUGGUUGGGAUUCAGUCAGGCACAGCCGCUUGCAGCCCUGGCCUGUGGCUCCUGAUGACAUGGAGCAGCUGUACAAUGAGCUGUCCUCAGUCCCUAGUACGCUGAGCCUCAAUUCUGAAUCUACCAGUUCCAGGCAUAACAGCGAGAGUGAGUCAGUGCCUCAGAGCAUGUUUAUUAUGGAAGAUGAUCGCUAUGGCAGCAGCACAACCAGCACUUUUUUCCUAGAUAUCACAGAGGAGGGUGAUCAGUCUUUGGAAAAGCCCAAAUCAGCUAAAGAGAAGGAACGAAGCCCCUUGAGCAUCCUCAGCUCUUCUAGAUUUGUUACUCGGCGCUUCUUCAAUAAUCUGACUUCACUACCUAGCAAGAAACUGCGCAGUGGCAGCGAUUCCAAGUCCAGCAAGGCAGCAGCAGAUGCGAAGCAGGUUCAGCGACGCAUUCGUGCUGUCACUGAACCAGCCAACAGCACUGAGUAUUUGCACACUGAGGUGUUUACCAGCAUCUUCAAUGGUAACCGAUUGCACAAGAGCCACACAUUGAGUUUGGAGACCUCCUUUGUUGGGAGUAGGGAUCAUGGCAACAGAGGAAGCUCUCAGAGCAUCUCGGAGUCUGAACUAAAGCGCCCAAAAACUAUGUUGGGAGAUAAUCACCAGGAACAGAUCAUAAAGGAUCGGUCUAUGGGUGACAGCACGACUGGCACACAGUUCAAAAGCCGCAGCCAGAGCUUUAACACUGAUACAACGACGAGUGGCAUUAGCUCUAUGAGUUCUGUCAGUUCAAGUCCAUCUGGUGAAACAGUCCGUCUGGACCCUGCCAAUGCUGACACAGACUGUGGCAGCCUGAAUACAAUCGUCAGUGCACGGACAGUGAAGACCAAUGUCUCCCUUACUCCCCAGUCAAAUCACCUACCUCUGUCCAAGUCCAACUCUGUGUCACUGGUCCCUCUGGGGUCAUCUCACACGCUCCCCCGAAGGGCGCAAUCACUGAAAGCACCUUCAGUUACUACCAUAAAAAGCCUGACCGACUACAACUUUAGUUAUACAAGCCCUCGUGAUGCAUUUGGGUAUGCCACACUGAAAAGACUACAGCAGCAGAGGAUGCAUUCAUCACUGUCACACUCUGAAGCCCUGGCAUCUCCAGCAAAAGAUGUGCUGUUUACAGACACAAUUACCAUGAAGACUGGCAGCCUGGAUUCACGGUUGACACCAAGAAGAUUCAUCAAAGCCUUGAGCUUCGCCUCGCUGGACAAAGAGGAUUUAUUAAGCCCAAUAAAUCAUACAACACUUCAGCGUUCUUCCUCUGUACGUUCCAUGGUCUCCAAUGCCACCUGUGGCAGCACGGACGAUUACAUAGGCCUCGCAUUGCCCAGCGACAUUAAUGAGCUGUUCCAGGUGAAAGAGAUUCCAUACUUUCAGCAGAAGUGUAACCUGCCUAAAGAGGACCAUUCCCUCGAAGACCAGGAGUCAGAUAAUGAAGAUGCAGCAUUGUCUCCUUGUUCUCGGAGUCCCUAUCAAGAGCUCCGGCCACAGAUCAGUUUCACAGAGGCAAUGCUGAAAGCAUCGGAAAAUGCUCGUUCCAUUGAUGUUACUGAGGAGACUGGUUUAAAGGAGCACACAGAUGAGAACUGCCUAUAUUGUGUGUGCCUGCAGAUUGUCGGCUGCCUUCCCUACAGCCAGUGUGCUUCCACUUUCAAUCGUGUAGAUUUUCCAGACAUUCCAUGCUCCGAAUGCUGUGUGUCUGUCAUCCCAAUCCACACCCACCUGGAAGUCACACCUCGCUCCUCUAAGAUUUCUGGGAUCUCUGGGUGCAGUGAUGCUGUGUCACAGGGCUCAGCAAGCAGCACCAAGAGUGUGGAUAUCGUUAUAGGAGGGAAACCUGUCAUCGAUGACACGCCUGCCUGCCGAGUGCUUUUGAGGAAAGAAGUCUUACGAUUGGUCAUUAACCUGAGCAGCUCAGUGGGAACAAAAGGUCAUGAAACUGGGCUCUUGACGAUAAAGGAGAAGUUUCCUCAUGCGUUUGAUGACAUUUGUCUAUACUCUGAGGUUUCCCACUUACUGGCAAACUGCACCUUCCGUCUGCCUUCCCGCAGGUUUAUCCAAGAACUCUUCCAGGAUGUUCAGUUCCAACCCCUGUACGAGGAAGCGGACACUACUCUCUCACCGAAGCAGCUUGAAGCUGAGCCAACCCCAGCAUCCUGACCACAUUUGUGCCGAAGAAUUGCUGCAUCACCAAACCUACAAAGUACUUCACCCAGAAUUCAACAGUACCAACAUCUGACUACCGCUGUGACCGGCAGGGCAGGGCAGGUGUGUCGAAUUGGCACUCGAAUCCUGUCCCUUGCAUGUUCUUAUUUAUUUCCCUUCCCUCUGUCUUGGAUGUGAAGGUAUCCCUAACACUACAGGAGAAGUGAUGCAGACUGGGAGACAGUAUGUGAGACCUGUGGUUGGAUCUCUCCCUGUCCCGUGGCUGUUGGCAUGAUUGCACAGAUACACACGCUCUUCCCUAACCUGGGCCAGUCUCCAUCCACCAGCAUUGCCCCAGUUUCUUUCAAUCACUGGGCCAGAUGUGCUCAAUCCCACCCACCACCCCUGCUGUCAGUAGAUAGGCGUGUCAAUUUUAUAUGUUUAAAUGUAGUCAGCUUGUAUGAAUGACCACUCUGUAAUCUACUUAAAUUGCAUUGACAACAUGGGUUCAGGUGCAAUGGAAUCAGGCUGCAGUGCCCAUGAUAUGCACUCCUGGAGAACCUGAACUCACGGCAGGAAAAGUAUUCUAUGGCAUGGUGCUGUGGGCUCCUGCACACAAGCAGAUUUGCCUUUAAUGGUAAGUCACACUUGCAGUAACUAAUUACAUGCCUUUAUAUCAUGGGUAUAUUGGAAAUGCAGUUUAAUGCAGCCAGGAAAUAUUCUCUCUAUCCACUGGUCUAUUAGAGCAAUAGGAAACAGCAGUUUUGUGUGCGAUCUCCUGCUCCUAGACCCUAGGCUGCUCUCCCCUGCUCCUGGACACCAAGGUAAAUGCAAAAUUCUCCAUCUGCUUUUGGACUUGUGCACAUGGGCAGUGCCCCCUAUCUGGCCCAAUUGAUAUGGUUCAUUCAGGGUUAAAUCCUGUCAUCUUAGCACUUUGGCUAAAAUAGUAUAAAGCCUCCAUUGGAUACCCCACUAGGAAAGAUUGCACAAGAACUUUCAGAAACACCAUUUCAGGAGAAGCAAAGUCUGAUUAUUUUUAUGGCCCUUUGAGACAAAUAGCAAUGUGAGAGUAGGUUUUCAUAGGGUGGGGUUCAUACUCCAUUUCCAAUAUUAGACUGUAAACUUUGGCCUUUCAGCACUCAUCUGAGGGGCUUGGUGUGGGGUUGGUGUCAACAAGUAGCAAUUAAAUAUUCUAACACUACAGUACAGGGUCCUAUGAGCCCUGAGUUUACUGCAGAGCGUCAGCUGUGACAGUAUGAGAAGAACAAGAUGAAGCACUGGGAUUUCCAUUGAACCUAUUUGUUAUGAAGCUCAAUCAGCAAUGGUCUCCUGGCUUCAGGAGCAAAGGUCUCAACCAAAUAUUUUGUCUCAUCAUUCUGAUUUUGACGUGCCAUGCAUGUGCACACAAUUUCUCACCAUUUUAUGGAUCGUGAGUUACACUAAUAUAUGAAAUGUUCAAGAUGUUUUUGUACAUGUAACCAUAAACACCAAUGAUUAGCUGUCUGAGACAGAAAGAAAAUGGCUGGUGACUGGUUUUCCCUCAUCCCAUCCAGUACUCCUUCAAUGAAUUUCGGUUCCUAUGGCUUUUGAAGAGAGUGGGAGGGUCUGCAGUUAGAUACCGUCACAGGGCCCUCUUAGAGACUGGAGCAGUAUUUGCCUUCGCUCUCAGUUAUAACUUUAGCUCUUUGUAUUGGAUCAUUUGGUCAGACUUGAUGAGAGGCAUUGUAUGACCUCGAAUUGCAUACAAGUUCCAAAUUGGGGUUAGAAUUGCUGGGUGAGCCAUUCUCCAGACUGGAAGAGUAUAUGGUUUGCUGGACAGGAAACUGGUGGGUGUUUUCAUUUCCAGAGCAGUUAUUUAAUUCUAGUAAAGUGGAAGGAGAAAAAAAAAGGAUGGGUCCAGAAUAAGGUGCUAUUACAAUAAACAUUCAUCUCUCCAGGAACUGAUAACCAAGGAGAAAAGAAUAUGAUGCAUGCAAUAGUCUAAACACAAGGAUGGCUUUGCUAUGGCCUCACAGGUACUCUGUCUUCCACUUGGUUAUUCCAACUAUGCCUCUGCCUCUAAUACCAAACUCUUACCCAUCAAUUAACAGACUGCAGUAUCUCUCUUUCUCUCCCCACCCCUCUCAACCUGCAUUGCACUAGAAAGAACACUAACUUCACAUUGACCAGUUAAAUCAAUCAGCAACAGUAAACAUAUCCUGAACACCUGAUUUUCAAAGUUCUUAUAGGUUAAUAAUUCACUGUUUCGUGAUUGUGUUAUUUUGGAUCCCCCUCUAUCCCAAAAUUGACUGGUAAAUGCUGAAUGUCAGGAUUAUGCAGAUAUCCCAAGAACCCUGUAUCUUGUCAUUCCCAUGGUCUGUGUACACGUCUAUCCUUCCUGCUCAGUCUUGUUGACUUUUGUGUUUUGUCUUUCUUGUGGUCAAUUGGUCAUUUUGUUUGUCUUUGAUCUCUUACAAUUGCAUGUGCUCAAAACCACCACAAGAAUUUUAGGAAUGAGGAGGUUGCAGGGAAUGAAUGGCCUUUAGUUGUGAGAGAGGGGUGGCUGAGAUUCCUUGAUCGAGUGAUCAAAGUUUUGAUAUUUUACAUAUCUGUUUUAGAAGGGAUAGAAUAAACAGAGAAGACUGACCCCUGUGAGAAGGAGAGAGCAUAGAAUAUGGACGUUGCAGCCACCAUUGUGGAUGUGUUUGAUCUUAUUUCUUUGUGAUAAGCUGCUACAUUAUUGGGAUGUUCUAGUGUUCAUAGGUCACUGAACAUGAAACCUGAUUUAUAUUGUAUACCUGUAACAUAGUCUGAUUAAAAAUGAGAAAAGAAAUUAUUUAUAUAUUUUCCAUAAAAGAAUAUUUCAUGGAGCUGUGUAUAAUUUAAAUAAGGUAAAACAGAGAAGAGCACCUGUCGAGUAAUGUUUUUGUGUUGCCACCUUGUGGUUUCUUUGUAUAGUGUGUACAGUCUGUUUUGGGCAUUUACCCUUCUGAACAUAAAAAAUUAUGAAAGGGAUGCAUUGCUAAUUAACAAUAAAAGCAAACGUAUCCAGAUGUGAUGUGCUGUCAUUCUUCCCCACAUACAACUUGUACUUAUGUAUUUAUGAUAGUAGAAGGUGCAUCAAAAUGUGCUGGAAAUGCACGUUAGCUUUCAGUGAUUUAUACACAAGGAGUCCCCAAUCCUGUGUUGUAGCUGUCUGCAGCUCCUCUACAUGUAAAUAAUAUUCAC